UGCCGAGUCGUACAGUUCAGCGUGUUACGACGCCUCGACGCAAAACAAAGAAAGAUCGCAUCAUCGAUUUGCAUCGUCGUGAAAAAAAAAAUUGAGCCGGUGUAUUUUUGUGUGAUUGUGUUGAACGAUGUCCGACUACUUCGAAUUUGACGACGAUUUCGAGGUAUAUGAUGAUCCAAAUGAUUAUUACGAUAGUGACUGGGAUUACUAUGAUGAAAACUACGAUUCCAGAGACAGUCAGUGUGUGAAAAAUUAUGGCGAGAUGAAUUUAAAAAAACUAGAGAGCUUGCGAGAAAAGUUUAAUUGGGAGAUCGAAGAAGAAAGACGCAAAUUUCUCAAUGAACUUUAUCCAUUGACCAGACAAUGGAAAGGCCUACGACCGAUUUUAAGAAAAAUUUUUCGAAGGGACGAAAUCGAUUGGCUUCUCGCGGAGUCCGUAAGUUACAAGUGUGGACAUAAAAAUUUAAAGUCAGGAGAACGAUUCGUUUAUUUUGUGAUCAACACCGGCUACAAGGACGAGCCCAAGCUAGAUGAGGAUGGCAAGCCACUGCUACGUCACACCACACCAUUGCAUUGCGCGGCUGGAAACAAGUACCGAUAUCUCAUCCGUGAUCUUUUUGAAAUUUACGACAGAUUCGACGUAAAUUAUGUCGACGAAUUCGGCGUUACGCAUUUUCACAUUGCCUGCGAGUACGGAUGCGACGAAGUCGUCAAGAAAUUCCUCGAGUUCGGCCAGGAUCCCAAUUGUUUGACGCAAGAAUCGAGCUCGAUCGAUCCGCCGCUGCACUUGGCUCUGAAGCAAGAACACCAGGAGAUAUUCAAAUUGCUUCUGAGAAGCGGAGCCGAUCCGAAUCUGACCAACAAGGACGGAUCGACACCUUUACACUUUAUUUGCAAAGGACACGAGAUGCGAUAUCGCGAUGAUGUGUUUGCAGAAAUAUUAUUUGAGAUCGAUGAAGACGAUAAGUAUCGUCGACAUCCGGUGCAGGUGGACGCUCGAGACAAGUUGGGCCAGACACCGCUACACGUGGCUCUGUUUCGUAACAGCAGAGAUUUGAUAGAAUUGCUAUUGAACAAUGGGGCCAAUCCAAAUUUGGCUAAUUCCGAGGGAUUAACUCCACUGCAUAUUAUUUGUCAGCAUGAAUACAAUUGUGAUUUGGCGAAAAUGUUAUUCGACAUCAGCGAAAAAAAACAUCAGCUGGUUCACGUCGACGCCCGGGACAAAUUCGGUCGAACACCGCUACACUUGUCUGUUGUUAAUCUCUACCCAGACUUUGUCGAGAUUUUUUUAGAUCACGGAGCAGAUGCGCCUAGCUUUACUUUCCCCACAAAGGAUCAAUUUGCUGAGUCUCUAUCUCUCCAAAGUUGUUUACAUACAUCUAAAUUAGAUCUUGUGUUCCGUACUCUGGCUAUCAUCGAUCACCUCGGAAAAAGAGGAUAUGAGCUCGACCGAAGCGACGCCCUUACAAUCAUGAAGAUAUUCGACGAGUACAAAUUGUUCGAACAAAUGGUGGAUCGCAAAAAAUUGCGUAGCUCUGAUGAACUCAAGAGCCAAUCGAAAAAGUUCAUGAUGAAUUCGAAUCUGUCACUCUACGAAUUCAUUUGGAUGCGACCAAAAGCGGUGACAAAACUAUUCACUGUUACGGACUUUUUGCCGUUCGUACGCGCGAAGAAACAUUGGAAUUUCCCCGGAUGGUACAAGGGUGCGUGUGAAAAUUAUCUGAGCAAUAUAAUGGCGGAAGGAUUUCUGCGGCGGUGGGCACUAGAAUUUUUCUGGGCGCUGACGGGAUACAGAGUACCAUUUCUCUGCUGUGAAAAAGUCAUCAAUCAACUGAGAGUCGAGGAUUUAUGGCGUAUUUGCCUAGCAACCGAGGAUAAAUCUAUGGCUGCUAUACGUGGUUUCAAAAAUCUUUGCAUCAAAUAACUAUAUAUUAGACAGUAUAUACUCAUAAAUAAUGUUACAACUUAAGUUUCUGUUAAUGCGUUAAAUUACAAUGAUAGUAAUUACUUUAUCUCAUGAAUGUCAAAUCGCUCCUAAAAAUGUAUUUGUUGCACAGAGUUUGUUACAA